UUAGUCUCUCCUCAUACUACUCUAUAGUCUUUGGUACGUUUCCAUUUAGAGCCACUUCAGUCAAUCAAUACUCGCUGUUUUCGUUCCGAUGGCAGCUACUUCCAAAAGACUAGAGGGAAAGGUAGCAUUGAUAACCGGAGCAGCAAGUGGUAUUGGGAAGUGUUGUGCAAAACUCUUUGCUGAACAUGGUGCCAAAAUCGUCAUCGCAGACAUUCAGGACCAACUUGGUCAAGCAGUUUGUGAAGCCAUAGGUUUAUCUAAUUCAAUAUACGUCCAUUGUGAUGUAACAAACGAAGAAGAUGUUAAAAAUGCAGUAGAUAUCGCAGUCUCCACUUUUGGAAAACUUGACAUCAUGUUCAAUAACGCGGGGAUAAUGGAUCCUUACAAGGAACGCGUCAUUGACAAUGAAAAACAAGACUUUGAACGUGUGCUUAGUGUCAAUGUCACCGGGGUCUUUCUAGGUAUGAAGCAUGCCUCUAGUGUUAUGGUUCCAGCACGAGCUGGCUCAAUUAUAUCAAUGGCUAGUAUUGCUUCAAGUAUUGCUGGUGUGACCACACAUGCUUACACUUGUGCGAAGCAUGCUGUAUCGGGUUUGACAAAGAAUUUAGCAGUAGAGCUUGGACAAUUUGGUAUUCGGGUCAAUUGUUUGUCACCUUACGCAAUAGCCACACAACAGGCCACAAGUUUUCUUGGGAUCGAUGAAGAAAGUGUGGAGAACAAGGCUAACUUGCUUGCAAACUUAAAAGGUGUGACACUUAAAGUAGAUGAUGUUGCUAAAGCGGCCCUUUUCUUGGCGAGCGAUGAGGCUAAGUAUAUUAGUGGACAAAACUUGUUUAUCGAUGGUGGAUUUACUAUUGUUAAUCCAUCAUUCAACAUGUUCCAAUACCCAGAAAAUACUUGAAUAGAUAGAUCUUCACAUUUACAUAUGUAUGAACACAAUAUAUACAAAAGAAAAUGUGCCAUACUACCAAGUCCGAUAAAAUUUUGUAAAAACAUACCAUGUUAUAGGCUAAACAAGU